GUUGUUUAGAGGCACAUAAAUGAUUUUUCUAUAGCCGGACAGCUUUGUGUUUUUCUAAGGAGUAAGGGAGAAUUAUACACUAAAGUCAUCAAGCAUUUGCAUAUGUGAAAGUGAAGAUCCUUUUAGCAAUACAAAGCAAAUUAUAUACAAUUUAAGGGGAGUUCAGUUUGGUCCCAAAUGCAGAGCCAGAGAGAGCUGAUUUUGAGAGACAGCCAAUUGGAAAAUUUGACAAAUAAUAAGAUGAAGAAAAUAUGGAAAUCAAACUUUUUUUUAAGAAAGAGAGAGUAAAGAAGACAAAUGUCAAUCAAAAGGGAAGAAAUUAUAAUUAGCACUGAAGGAGGACUUCUUUACUUCCCUUUUUUAACUAAGAAGGCCACUUCUGUUCUGAAAAGCUGCUUCCAAACCUUUGUCUUAAUAUGCACAUUUCUGUUUCAAGGAUCAGAAAUGAAUCUGUUUGCUACUGAAAGAACAUUUCUCUUCCAAUCACCCUUGGACCUUCUCCUCAUGCUCCUGUGGGCAUCACUGCUGGUAAUUGCUUCAGUCUGUGGACAAUCUGCUACACCGAAACCAGUGAUUUUCCUCACACCCCCAUGGACUACUUACUUCAAAGGGGAAACAGUGCUUCUAAAAUGUAAUGGAUUUCACUCCUAUGUAACAGGGAAAACACAAUGGUACUUCAACCAGAAACUACUUGAAGAAACCCAUAGCAGCAUUAGUGUUCAAAAUUCUGGACAGUACCAAUGCAGGAUCCAGGAUUCACCCUUAAGUAACUCUGUAUCCUUGUCCUUUACAAGAGAUGAGCUCAUUCUUCAGACCCAAUAUCCUGUGUUUGAAGGAGACACACUGGUUUUAAGAUGCCGGAGAAAGAGGGAAACAGAACUUACUGAUGUAGUAUACUAUAAGAAUGGAAAAACUCUUAAAAUUUUUAAAAAUGGCUCUUUUAAAGAUACAAAUUUUUCAAUCCCAAAAGCAAGAUUAAGUAAUAAUGACCAGUAUCACUGUACUGCAAAAAAGAUACUAAUUUGGAAGAUGACAAGCAAAAUAGAAGCUAAACCAGUAGCAAUCCAAGUCCAAGAAUUGUUUUCAUUUCCCAUACUGAAUAGUACAACUUUCGAGCCCAUAGAGGGUACCACUGUGACUCUGAGCUGUGAGACCGAGCUCUCUCCAGAGAAAGCAAAUACCCAGUUGUAUUUCUCCUUCUUCAAAAAUAGCAUUAUCAACUUGUCAGGAUGGAAAGGAACCUCAAAAUUCCAGCUCACCAACAUCUGGAAGGAAGACUCUGGGUUGUAUCAUUGUGCAGCAAAAACAAUGACAUCAGAGGUCUGGAAGAAGAGCUUUUCAGUUAGGAUCAAAGUGAAAAGAAUCCCUGUCUCAGGAAUCCAUAUGGAGAUCCAGCCCCCUGGAGGGCAAGUGACAGAAGGGCAAACACUGGUUCUCCUCUGUUCAGUAGCUGGGGGCACAGGUGACAUCACAUUCUCUUGGUACAAGGAAGGCACUGGAACAGUCCUGAAGAAGAAAACUGAGCGGUUCCUAGAAGCAGAGUUUAAAAUACUGGCUGUUAGAGAGAGUGAAGCUGGGAAAUAUUACUGUACAGCUGACAAUACCAAUAGUUCUCUAUAUAGUAGACUAGUGAGCAUCUCAAUAAAAAUUCCGGUGUCUCCUCCUCUCCUCACCUUCAGCAUCCCUAAGGCACAAAUGUUUGUGGGGAAGAUUGUGGAGCUUCGAUGUGAUGUCCAAAGAGGAUCAGCCCCAAUCUUAUAUCGAUUUUAUCAUGAGGGUAAAAUCAUGAAAAACAGCUCAGCUUCUUUUGGAGAUGCAGCAUCCUUCAACCUAUCCCUGACCAAACAGCAUUCUGGGAAUUACUUCUGUGAGGCUGACAAUGGCAUAUCUGUACAAUCCAGUCAGGUGCUGAUGCUAUCAGUCAAAGUUCCAGUGUCCCGUCCUCUUCUGACUAUCAGUGAAAUCAAGUCUCAGGUCCCUGGACAGCACUUGGUGGAGCUUCACUGUGAAGCUGAGACAGGCACCAGUCCAAUCCUCUAUAAGUUUUUUCACCAGGGUAUAAUCCUGGGGAGUGUUUGGACCUACUUAGGAGAAGCUGCAUUUCUCAACCUCUCUCUGAAAGCUGAGGAUUCUGGGAUCUACUCUUGUGAGGCUGACAAUGGCAUCAGUCCCCAACUCAGUGAAGGAGUGGAAUUUUCUGUCACAGGGAAGCAAAGGGGCCUGUUUGCUAGAGGAGUCAACUUGGGCCUGCUUGGAUUCCUGGGUCUCAUUGGUGUUGCUCUUCUGCUAUACUUCAGAUCCCAAAGGAGAUCAGGAGAAAAUUUUACUCCUGGACUCUCCAGGGACCUUGCCAACCUAGGAUUCCAAAACCCUACUGAAGUGGAGCUAGAGCCAACAUAUGUCAAUGGUCUUAUUCUCACUUCUGGCCCAGCACCUGCAGACACAGACCAACAGUCUAGAGCACACAACCCAGUCUUUGCAGACCAAGAACUUGCAGUGAAUCCUGUCAUCAGUGACAUAGUAUAUUCUGAGGUUUGGAAUUCGCAGCAAAAAAAAGAAGAUGCAGAUGGCUUCAGAUCAAUGCUAUCACCCACCCAGGAUUUCUCUGUUGUGUACAGUGAAGUGAAAGCAGAACAACCUCUGCAGGAGAGAAGUGGGAUGACUGAGGCUACAGAAGAGACACGGGAAGAUGACAUAGGCAAUUAUGAGAAUGUUCAUCUUCAUUCCUGAGCCUGACCAUGUAUGCUCCCUAGAGAAGCCAGGAGAUUUCUCACCUUUCUGUACUGAUGUGGAAAUGGAAGGAAAGACAAUAGGACAAGAAGACUUUUGGACUCCUGAGAAAUGAGAGGUCAAGUUAGAGGAAUUGUUCCUUCUAGGCCUCUGCUAUCACCCUGACAACACAGACAACGAAUGAGCUUCCUUCUUUGAUGAAACAAGACAGAAAGGCCUUGA